AUGUCGUCCACAGCCACCGACGUGAACAGACCCUCAGCAGACGCUGUUUUUGAGAAGUCGCACAACCACAAUCUCAACAUCACAUCCUCUCACAAUGGCAUGACCAUCUCGCCAGAGCUGUUCGAGAAGCUGUACCUGACUCCCAAGACCCCCCGCCAUGGCAACAACGUCAAGCGUUUCGCCAAUGCCGUACCCAUGGGCUUCACUGGCUUCGUUAUCUCGACCUUCACCUUCUCGAUGAUCCUCAUGGGCUUUGCUGGUACUAGCAGUCUUGCUGGUGUCGUUGGUAUCUUCUUCUUCACCGGUCCCGUUCUCCUCGGUCUCGCUGCCAUCUUCGAAUGGAUCAUGGGCAACUUCUUCACCGUAAGUCAGACCUUAUCGACUACACAUCUUCAUCGUACUGACAGCUGCCUANNGAUGAACUCUCUCUCGCUCUUCUGCGUUUUCUGGCUUUCCUUCGGCAUGAUCCAACUUCCUUCUCUCGGUAUUGCUGCAUCCUACUCUCCCACUGGCGACGCUGCCGAAGGUGCUGCCAGCCCUGACUACAACAACGCCAUCGGUCUCUACCUUAUCGUCUGGGGUUUUGCUUUUGUCACCUACUUCAUCUUCUCGCUGAAGACAAACGCCAUCUUUGCUGGUAUCUUUGGUUUCGCUGCCAUUGCCGUCUACAUCCUUGCCGGUGCUUACUUCCACGUUGCCACUGGUGACUACGCUAUGGCUGGUACCCUCCAAAUCGUAUGUCUAUCCUCUGCUUUCCAUAUGAUGGUGGUUAUAACUGACCUCUCUCUCAGNACUGGUGGCGCGCUUCUCUUCGUCGUCGCAGUGUUGGGCUGGUACAUCACCUUUGUCAUUAUGGCUGCUGAGAUGCGUCUGGGCAUCAACUUCCCCGUCGGCGACCUCAGCCACUUCUGGCCCAACACCAAUGUCGAGUUGACCGAGAUUGAGAAGCAGGCUUAA